AUGCUACUUGUUCUUCCACCGGAUAAUGACUGGGACUACAUUGCGAACCUCACAGGGGACAGUUCAUGGAAUGCUUCUAACAUGAGAAAGUAUUUUGAGGAGGCAGAGAAGUGCAACUACCUUCCCGAGGGAUCUGAAGGACACGGUUUCUCUGGAUGGUUGGGCUCAAACCAAAACGAACUGGACCUUUUUGCUGGGGACGACGGCUACAUGGAUAUUGUCCAAGCCGGGAUGCGGAUAUUCGGAGAUUCUAACAUGACCAAUUCGGCCGAUAUCUUGAGUCUCCUUAAUCGGGACAUGAAUCGCAUGGAUCCCAAGCGUUAUGAGAGGAAUGGGUUAUACAACAUCCCGCUCCAUGUCGAUGCCAAUAGAAGGAGGAGCAGCUCCCAAACGUACCUCCUUGACACGGUUAAUGAACUCAACGAAGAUGGCACCUCACGAUUCCCCCUGACAAUCUUCACAAGCUCGCUGGCUUCCAAGGUUUUGUUCGACAGUUCCGGCGCAAGGCCGCGCGCUAUUGGUGUUGAAUAUCUCUCCGGCCAAGGACUCUAUAGAGCCGACCCGCGCUACGACGGAACGCAAAGGGGGGUUAAAGCAGAGGCGUACGCGAGGAAGGAGGUCAUCGUGGCCGGAGGAGCGUUCAACACACCGCAGAUCCUGAAACUUAGCGGAGUCGGCCCGCGGGAUGAGUUGGAGAAGUUUAAUAUCUCGGUGGUGGCAGACGUCCCUGCAGUCGGGACCAACCUACAGGACAAUUAUGAAACUGGCGUUGAGGGCAUCGCAUCCAAGGGUUUUUUGAACCCUCUGGAGAACUGUACCUUCAUGCCCCCCGGAGACCCAUGCCUCCGGGAGUGGCAGGAAAAGAAUGGCAGCGGACCGUACGGCAUUGGCGCGGCGCCAGUGGGACUACUCUAUGAAUCCUCCGCGAGCGAGAACAACGAUACCGAUUUGUUCUUUUUUGGAGGAGGGUACGACCUGCUCCGCGGCUUCUUUCCUGGAUUCUCUCGCCUGACCCCUCCGCCUAAUACCUGGUGGUGGUCCAUUGUCAAGAUGCAAGUGCAAAACAAGGCCGGAACUGAGGGAGAGGAAAAUGACCUACAGGCCAUUGGAGAAGCCGUGCAGCUAACGCGGGAUAUCUAUGACGCCUUGAACGAGCCAUACGCGCCCGUUAACGUGACCGAGCCCCCCAGCAAGGAUGACGACGAGGUACGCGAGCGCAUCAAGUAUGAGUCUUGGAGCCACCACGCAUCUUGCAGCUGUCCAAUGGGCCCCGCCGAUGAGCCCUCGACCUGCGUUGACUCCAAGUUCAGGGUCCGGGGGGUGGACAACCUUCGAGUAGUGGAUGCGUCAGUCUUCCCCCGGGUUCCUGGAGGCUUCCCGAUUCUGCCGACUUUUGUGACCAGCCACAAAGCGACGGCAGAUUUGCUCGAGAAUGAGUAA